CUGCACAAGAUUUAACCUGGGCGAGGCCGUGAGGCCUGUGCUGAAGUUACGACACCACGGCUCAAAAGGUCCGGCGGCAAAAGGGAAGGAGGCGCCGUUCUAAAAUAGCCAGCGCGAGCAAAAGCCCAAAAGAUAGAGAAGAGAGAGAGGGAGCGAGGGAGGGAGGGAGGGAGAUGUCGGACCUGGACCGGCAAAUAGAGCAGCUAAAGAGGUGCGAGCCACUGAAGGAGUCGGAAGUGAAGGCUCUCUGCCUUAAGGCCAUGGAGAUUCUUGUCGAGGAAAGCAACGUCCAGCGAGUCGACGCCCCUGUCACUAUUUGUGGAGACAUUCACGGCCAGUUCUAUGACAUGAAUGAAUUAUUUAAAGUUGGCGGUGACUGUCCAAAGACAAACUACUUGUUUUUAGGUGAUUUUGUUGAUCGAGGAUUUUAUUCUGUUGAAACAUUUCUGCUUUUACUAGCCUUGAAGGUUAGGUAUCCAGAUCGUAUAACUCUCAUUCGAGGAAAUCAUGAGAGCAGGCAAAUCACUCAGGUGUAUGGGUUUUAUGAUGAGUGCCUCCGGAAGUAUGGUUCUGUGAAUGUUUGGAGAUAUUGCACAGAUAUUUUUGAUUACUUAAGUCUUUCAGCACUCAUAGAGAAUAAAAUUUUUGGUGUUCACGGAGGUUUAUCACCUAACAUAACUGCAUUAGAUCAGAUCAGAGCAAUAGACCGGAAGCAAGAAGUUCCGCAUGAUGGAGCUAUGUGUGAUCUCUUGUGGUCAGAUCCGGAAGAUGUUGUUGAUGGCUGGGGUUUAAGCCCUCGAGGUGCAGGAUUCUUGUUUGGAGGAAAUGUUGUCUCCACAUUUAACCAUUCAAAUAACAUUGACUACAUAUGUCGUGCACAUCAAUUGGUGAUGGAAGGAUACAAGUGGAUGUUCAAUAACCAGAUUGUCACUGUUUGGUCGGCCCCAAAUUAUUGUUACAGAUGUGGAAAUGUGGCAGCUAUUCUCGAGCUGGAUGAAAAUUUAAAUAAACAGUUUCGUGUUUUUGAAGCUGCUCCACAGGAAGCAAGAGGGGUUCCUUCUAAGAAGCCUGCCCCUGAUUACUUCCUCUGAGUUGGAGCGGAGAGAUUAUCACUUUUUCAAGCUGGCAUGAGCUCAUUGGUUUUUGCCCAUGCUGCAGUGAGCUGAUGCCUUUUGCAGUCUGAGCCUUCUGCUUCCCAGGCAUGUCCCGAUGCAUCAGUAUUGUUGGUUUGGGCAUGCUGAUUAGUUCGCAUAAAUUGCAAUAUUAGAAAUAUUUGGUUGUCUGGGCUGCAGGUAUAGAAUCCCAUGUGUUUUAAAACUGCAGUGAGGUAAAAUUAUUGGUUUGGAGUGACUUUGACCUUAGAUUUCAGUUGAAGCAUAAAAUUUCAAACUGUUUUUAUAUUUUAUAUUUUAUUUUUUAUUUUUUUGAAGUUUCAAACUUUAGUUUACUAAGUAACAUGGAAAUAAGAAUCCAAUUUUCUCUUAUUUUAUUA